AUGCGUUAUAUGGGUGAUGAAAAUCUGAAACGUGGCCAAACUCUUACUGAUUGUAUUUAUGAGCUUUUAAUGAUAUGUCAUCAAUAUCAACCGCUUCGGGAUGAAGUAUAUUGUCAAAUUAUUCGGCAAACAACAAAUAAUAAAACUUCCAAAGCAAGCACCUCAAUCCGUGGUUGGCGCCUAUUUUCCAUUUUAACGGCAUAUUUUGAUUGUUCACCAGUAUUGAAACCAUAUUUGUUCAAAUAUCUGACCGAUAUGGCAAAUGAUCCAAGAAGACCUUAUCACGGUACUGCAUUUAUUUGUUUACAUAAUUUGAUAAAAACAUUCAAAUAUGGCGGUCGUCAAUUUCUACUUAGUGGAAGUGAAAUUGAAGCAAUAACGUUGGGUAAAACAUUAAAACGACAAUUGUACCAUUUACCGGGUGGACAUCGAAAGGUAAUUAAUACUCAUUCUGUAACAGUUGUUGAAGAGAUUAUUCAGCAACUUUGUCAAGAGCUUAAUAUACGAAGUGUCGCAGAGCAACAAGAAUUUUGUUUGUGCUAUAUUUUGGAAUCAGAAGAUAAGAUUAAAAUGUUAGCUAACGAUGAAUAUGUGAUGGAUGUAUGUACUGAACUUGAGCAUAAUCAAAAACAUUGUUUCUUAAUACUUAAACGAACAGUAUGGAUACAUCCAUUACGACUAGAUAAUGCUCUCUAUAUCGAUGUGAUGUUUUUCCAG